GCCGGAAGUGGGGCGGGACUUUGUUGUGGCGGUGAGGAACAGGAAGCCCUGAAGGGUCAAAAGGAAUACAAAAGCAAAGGCUAUUUUCUUUCCUAUUUUUUUUUUCAUUCUUUCUAUUUUUUUUUUUUUCUCCUAAACAGAGAGCUACCUUGGCUGUGGCGGUUUGGGGUGAGCGCCGCCGAGGUGAGGGGGUCUCGCCUCCCGCGCGCUGGUAGACUGAUUGUUCCAUUAUGGAUGGAGGGGAUGAUGGUAACCUUGUUAUCAAAAAGAGGUUUGUGUCCGAGGCAGAACUAGAUGAGCGGCGCAAAAGGAGGCAAGAAGAAUGGGAGAAAGUUCGAAAACCUGAAGAUCCACAAGAAUGUCCAGAGGAGGCUUAUGACCCUCGGUCUCUGUAUGAAAGGCUACAGGAACAGAAAGACAGGAAGCAGCAGGAGUACGAGGAGCAGUUCAAAUUCAAAAACAUGGUAAGAGGCUUAGAUGAAGAUGAGACCAACUUCCUUGAUGAGGUUUCUCGGCAGCAGGAACUAAUAGAAAAGCAACGAAGAGAAGAAGAACUGAAGGAAUUGAAGGAGUACAGAAGUAAUCUCAACAAGGUUGGAAUUUCUUCAGAAAACAAGAAGGAAGUGGAGAAGAAAGUGGCUGUGAAACCCAUAGAAACCAAGAACAAGUUCUCCCAGGCAAAGCUGUUGGCAGGAGCUGUGAAGCAUAAGAGCUCAGAGAGUGGCAACAGUGUGAAAAGACUGAAAUCGGACCCUGACCCAGAUGACAAGAAUCAAGAAGCCCCGUCCUGCGUGUCUCUUGGAAGCACGUCCCUGAGUGGUCCCUCCAUCCACUGCCCCUCCGCUGCGGUCUGUAUCGGCAUCCUCCCAGGCCUGGGCGCCUACUCCGGGAGCAGUGACUCUGAGUCCAGCUCCGACAGCGAAGGUACUAUCAACGCCACCGGCAAGAUCGUCUCCUCCAUCUUCCGAACCAACACCUUCCUCGAGGCCCCCUAGCUCCCAUGUCCUUACCACCGGGAGCUCCUCCCCAAGAGUAGACCGGACAUUCCUUCUGCCUUCAGGCAUUACCUCCCUCAGAAAACUCCUUUGCCUGCUUCCUGUGCGCACCGAGACAUUUUUAACGUCAUCUAAAAAUGUGCCAGAAUUUACCAGUGGCCUGACUUGUGUUUGAUUUCUCUUUCUAGUCCAGUGCAGAUGCCCAAACCUGUCCCUCUGCCUCCCUCCUCAGUGUUGUCGUGGGGCAGAGGUCAGGGCCCAGCAGAAAUGCCACUAAAAACGCCCUGGGAGGAUAGGCACCCAUUGGCUUGCACAGAUUUGGAUUAUAUUGCUUUCUUGUUUUUUCCUUUUUUUCCUUUCCUGACAGCACAAAGAAGCAAGGGCCAGUAUUAGACAGGUAUUCUUUAGACCUUCAUUCGGGAUAAGCACGUCCUUUGGUUGUACUGCCUUGUGGAGCAUGCGCAGGGAAGGAGAACUGACCCCAGUGCUGAAAUGGCGCACUCCCCUGGGAGUAGCGACUUCUUGAUGUUGUGUGACUAAGUAAAGAUGAUCAACUACA